AUGUUUAAGAAGGACAUCACCUCGGCGCCGAAGCAGAAGCUCAAGUCCUCGGUCCAGCGCUCCCUCCGCAACUCGCUGCUGGCCUCCUACCCGCUCCUGAACCCCCACAUCGACGAGGUCAUGCCCAAGAAGGCCUCGCUCGAGCAGAUGAAGCUGCCCGACCGCUGCUCCCUCUACGUCUGCGAGCAGCAGCCCCUCUUCUUCCAGCAGGACAGCGCCACCCUCCUGCCCCACCUCAAGCUCGUCCACCGCUUCCCCCAGGCCUUCCCCACCAUCCGCAUCGACCGCGGCGCCAUCCGCUUCGUCCUGUCCGGCGCCACCCUCAUGGCCCCGGGCCUGACGAGCGCCGGCGGCAGGCUGCCCGAGCCCCGGGACGGAGACGAGGGCGUCGACGACGAAGGGCACUGGAGCCGCGAGCUGGAGAAGGGCGAGCCCGUCGUCAUCAUGGCCGAGGGCAAGACCGAGGCCUGCGCCGUCGGACUGCUGGUCGCCGGCACCAAGGAGGUCAAGGACAAGGGCAAGGGCCCCGUCGUCGAGGAGGCGCACUUCCUGGGCGACGGCCUCUGGAGGCUCGGCUCGGAUUAG